AUGCCUGGGGACCAGCACCUCGCCCCGCACUUCAUCCGGGGGCACGCAGCCCCCACAUCCCGCCCCGCUAGACCCUACCCGGGGCUGCGCAGCUGUGGCUCACCCUACGAUCUCUCCUAAGAUCCCUCCCUGCCUUGGCCCCGGCGCCUCCCCUGUAACGCGACCGAAUCGAGCCGACAGCUUGUGGCCGGGGCCGGCGCUACAGUCGCCGGCAAAUCAUGUGAGCCCGUCUGGCCCCGCCCCCUCGCGCGUAGGUCCUCACCUGGAGAGAAUCAUCCACCAAUCGGGCGCCUGCAGGACCCAGGGGGCGGGGCAGGGUCGCAAUCGCCUAACUGGCUCGGGAAGGCGGCUGGAAGUCGGAACCAGAGAGAUCACAAGCUCCCGAGUUUCCCAGCGCCGAAGAGCCUGGUGGCACUGUUGCUUGACUGUAUCACCCGUUGUAGUCGUCUUGAAGAACCAAGGAGGAAAAUUGCACCAGCAAAAAAAAAUUGAGUCAUGAAAGAUGUGAAAAGAUGGAAACAUUACAUAUAAUUUAUUCAGAAGCAAAGUCUUUUACAGUGGAGGGGCUGUCCAGCCGGACCCGGGUGCGGGAACUCCAGGGCCAAAUUGCCGCCAUCACCGGGAUCGCCCCCGGCGGUCAGCGAAUCCUCGUCGGAUACCCUCCCGAGUGCCUGGAUCUCAGCAAUGGGGAUACCAUUCUGGAAGACUUGCCCAUCCAAUCUGGUGACAUGCUGAUCAUUGAAGAAGACCAAACCAGGCCCAGAAGUUCACCUGCAUUUACUAAACGUGGUGCUUCUAGUUACGUCAGGGAAACUUUGCCUGUCCUUACCAGAACCGUGGUCCCAGCAGACAACUCUUGCCUCUUUACCAGUGUGUACUAUGUCGUCGAAGGAGGAGUCUUGAAUCCAGCUUGUGCCCCUGAGAUGAGACGCCUCAUAGCACAAAUUGUAGCAAGCGAUCCAGACUUCUAUAGUGAGGCAAUACUGGGAAAAACAAAUCAAGAGUACUGUGACUGGAUCAAAAGGGAUGACACUUGGGGAGGAGCAAUAGAGAUAUCGAUUUUGUCCAAGUUUUACCAAUGUGAAAUAUGUGUAGUGGAUACACAGACAGUAAGAAUUGAUCGUUUUGGGGAAGAUGCAGGAUAUACCAAAAGGGUUCUGCUUAUUUAUGAUGGCAUCCACUAUGAUCCACUUCAACGUAACUUCCCUGAUCCAGAUACACCUCCUCUGACCAUUUUCUCCUCUAAUGAUGAUAUUGUUCUUGUACAAGCACUGGAAUUAGCAGAUGAAGCUAGAAGAAGGAGACAGUUUACUGAUGUCAACCGCUUCACCCUGAGAUGCAUGGUAUGUCAGAAAGGAUUAACUGGACAAGCAGAAGCAAGGGAACAUGCCAAGGAGACAGGCCAUACCAACUUUGGAGAAGUGUGACCUAUGUAUGAAUGAGGGUUGAAGCCUACUACCUCACACAUCCAGAAGGCUCUGGGUUUUCCAAUAAGCUAUCGUAACCCUAAAGAACAAAGGAUACAAUGCUUGAACCAUCCUUUUAACUUAAAACCACUAAGACACUGAAAUUCCUUGUUAAGAUUAAAAUUAGUGUGCAAGUUUACAGAUGUGUGUCUACAGUGGUAAACUGUACAUACAUGCCUCUUUCUGCUGGAGUGACAGAAUAGGUGAUCCUUGCCACCUACUGACACUGACCUGAAGGUUGAGAUUGAGUAUUAUAAACUAGCACCCAGCAGCUUUAACUUGAAGAAGAAAGCAUCACAAUUUGGGUAAUGUGGAAGGCCUCCUGUGAGUCCACUGGACAUUUACCACAGUGUCUCCAGUAACUGAGUCUUUUUAAAAACUGAAUGAGUUAAGUUUCUAAAUUAUGAAUUGAUUCAUCAAAUGAAAAUACUCAGAAUUGUCCAAACUGA